AUGCCGGAAGAAAGGCUAGACAGGCUAGACAUUUUGCCUCGACCCGCCGCCGUUGAAACCAUUCCCUCAUCCGAUUCCCCGACCUCACAACGUUCACGACGCCAUUCCGACGAAGAGGACCAGAGAAUCACAUAUGCUUUCGGACACAAUGAUUAUUUACUUCCCGAGAACUUCAAGACUUUGCGGAGACAAGACAUCCCGGUCACUUAUCGACUACACGAUGAUCUACUGCGAUACUAUAGAAAAGUGUUUUCCUUUAUCAAAUCAUCAAAUUGGACGCUGUCAAGAACACAAUCAUCCUCUCUGGGAGCUUUGAACUCG